GGUGACCAAGAUGGCAGCCUCCUUCAGCACGAAUGCUUCAAACGCGAUGACGCUAAAGAGAUUCAUGCUGAGGCAAGAGGUGCUCAAACUGUAUCGUGACACGCUGCGAACGAUACGCGCUGUGGACGACGAGCGGCAAAGGAGAGAGCUACAGAUUUGGGCCAGGCACGAUUUUGACAGCAACAAGCAUGUUACAGAGGAGGAUGCCAUCAAGAUGCAUAUUGCCCGAGGAAAACUGGCACUCAAAGAACUUCAGUCAUCAGUGCAUCUUUCCAAGUAGCUUCAUAGUUCAUAGAUGUUUGCAUUUU